AUGGGUCAGAAGAAACUCGCUUUCCCAGCUAAAAAGUCAAAUGCUUUAUUUCGGGCUUUGAAGAGGAAUAUCCCUACCAUAAAAUACAAUGAUAAAUUUUUGCCACAUCCUUAUAGACAAUUUCCAAUGUUUAUGAAAGAUUGUGAGCGAGGAUUAAAAUGUCAAGAAUGGUCAAAUUUUGAAAAUCCAUCUGUUUGUCUUAAGCCUAGCUUCAAGCUGAAGAUGAAAAAGGAAAAACAAUUUAUGCUACCGUCAAGAAAUAAAAAGCAUUUAUGA